CGUCUCGCCUUCUUUCUGUGAACUCAGCUUCAGAUUAUUCAGUUAAAGGUGGGGUCUCCUUAUCGGGGAUAAUUUUAGCUGUUGCGUUCAGGCUAACUCUGUUUCCUUCUUUGUCAUGGCGAUCGACAGGCUGUUUAAAGAUGAAGCUACUGAAGAGAAAGGGGAGCGUGCCAGAAUGGCAUCUUUUGUUGGUGCUAUGGCAAUUGCUGAUGUUGUGAAGACCACUUUGGGGCCUAAAGGGAUGGAUAAAAUCCUACAAUCAACAGGCCGGGGCCGCAGCGUGACUGUUACUAAUGAUGGUGCAACCAUUCUGAAGUCCCUUCAUAUUGACAACCCAGCUGCCAAAGUGCUUAUUGAUAUCUCAAAAGUUCAGGAUGAUGAAGUUGGUGAUGGGACAACAUCUGUCGUCGUUUUAGCUGGAGAGCUUCUAAGGGAGGCAGAAAAGUUGGUUGCUGUAAAGAUCCAUCCAAUGACAAUAAUUUCAGGUUAUAGGAUGGCUGCUGAAUGCGCACGCGAUGCUUUGUUGAAGAAGGUCAUGGAUAAUAAAGAGGAUGCAGAGAAAUUUAAAUCGGAUUUGAUGAAGAUUGCAAUGACGACUUUGAGUUCAAAAAUUCUCUCUCAGGACAAGGAACACUUCGCAAAACUUGCUGUGGAUGCUGUUAUGAGGCUUAAGGGCAGUACAAACUUAGAGUCCAUCCAAAUCAUUAAGAAGCCAGGAGGAUCUUUAAGGGAUUCAUUUCUAGAUGAAGGGUUUAUUCUUGACAAGAAAAUAGGCAUUGGCCAACCAAAACGUAUAGAAAAUGCAAAGAUUUUGGUUGCAAACACUGCAAUGGACACUGAUAAAGUGAAGAUCUAUGGAGCACGUGUACGUGUUGAUUCAAUGUCAAGGGUUGCUGAGAUUGAAGGGGCUGAAAAGGAGAAAAUGAGAGAGAAGGUGCAAAAGAUUAUAGCUCAUGGGAUUAACUGCUUUGUGAAUAGACAGCUGAUUUACAACUUCCCAGAGGAACUCUUUGCAGAUGCUGGAAUCCUUGCAAUUGAGCAUGCUGAUUUUGAUGGGAUAGAGCGUUUGGCUUUGGUAACUGGUGGUGAAAUUGCUUCAACUUUUGACAAUCCAGAGUCGGUUAAACUUGGGCAUUGCAAGCUUAUUGAAGAAAUCAUGAUUGGUGAAGACAGGUUGAUUCACUUCUCUGGGGUUGAGAUGGGCCAAGCGUGUACCAUAGUAUUAAGAGGUGCUAGUUUUCACGUGCUCGAUGAGGCUGAAAGAUCUCUGCACGAUGCCUUGUGUGUGCUGUCACAAACAGUCACUGAUAGCAGGGUUUUGCUCGGAGGUGGGUGGCCUGAGAUGUUGAUGGCAAAGGAAGUGGAUGAGUUGGCACGCAAGACUCCUGGUAAGAGGUCUCAUGCUAUAGAGGCUUUUUCCCGGGCCCUCCAGGCCAUUCCUACAAUCAUUGCAGACAACGCAGGUUUGGAUAGUGCAGAGUUGAUUGCUCAACUCCGUGCAGAGCAUCACAAGGAGGGGAGCACCGCUGGCAUUGAUGUGAUCUCUGGAGCUGUGGGAGACAUGGAGAAGCUCGGGAUAUCAGAGGCAUUUAAAGUGAAACAAGCUGUACUGCUCUCUGCAACAGAAGCUGCCGAGAUGAUACUCAGAGUUGAUGAGAUUAUUACUUGUGCCCCUCGGAGAAGAGAGGAUCAUAUGUAAUGGUGGGGAGCGAUUUUGUUGAAAUCUAAUGUAAGAACCUGUUUGCUAGAAUGAAUUGCUUACAAAAGUGAUUUUGAAUUGAAGAGGAUUAGUGGUCAUUUAGUUACUUGGAUCAUGUCAAGGAAAGAGUAGCUUUCAUGUUUUGGUUUGAGG